CACAAUCCAAAAGAUUGUCGAGUCGCCGGUGCAUUUCUCCUUCAAAACCUGUCGCUCAACUCGCUGCUUCUUAGUGAGGGACAUACAUUAAGUCCCUUGGUAUUGGCGAUUCUCAAUCGUUUCUUUUAUUGAUUUUUUGAUUGCUGGGUCAAAUCGCCAAAAUGUCGACCACUAUUGAAAAGAUCAAGGAGGUCGAGUCCGAGAUGGCUCGGACUCAAAAAAACAAGAACACCUCGUAUCACUUGGGACAACUGAAGGCGAAGCUUGCUAAGCUCAAGCGUGAACUUCUGACCCCGACUGGAGGCGGUGGCGGUGGUGGAUCUGGCUUCGACGUUGCGCGUACUGGUGUGGCCAGUGUUGGUUUCAUUGGUUUCCCGUCCGUCGGCAAGAGUACACUGAUGAAUAAAUUGACUGGCCAACAUUCAGAAGCCGCGGCCUACGAGUUCACAACCCUCACAACUGUCCCCGGUCAAGUGAUGUACAACGGCGCCAAGAUUCAGAUGCUCGAUCUUCCAGGUAUUAUCGAAGGUGCCAAAGACGGCAAGGGUCGUGGUCGACAGGUUAUUGCGGUGGCCAAGACUUGCAACCUCAUUUUCAUCGUUCUUGACGUGAACAAGCCAUUGGUUGACAAGCGAGUCAUCGAGAACGAACUGGAGGGCUUCGGCAUUCGCAUCAAUAAGAAGCCUCCCAACAUUGUGUUCAAGAAGAAGGACAAGGGUGGUAUCGCCAUCACGAGCACUCAGCCAUUGACUCAUAUCGACAACGAUGAAAUCAAAGCUGUAAUGGGCGAGUAUAAGAUUUCGUCCGCUGAUAUCUCCAUCCGAUGUGACGCCACCAUUGAUGACCUGAUUGAUGUCCUGGAAGCCAAGAGCCGCAGCUACAUCCCCGUCAUUUAUGCGCUGAACAAGAUCGAUGCUAUUUCCAUCCAGGAGUUGGAUUUGCUGUACCGGAUUCCAGACGCCUGCCCAAUUAGCUCGGAGCAUGGAUGGAAUGUCGACGAGCUGAUGGACAUGAUGUGGGAAAAGCUCAAGCUGCGCAGAAUCUACACGAAACCCAAGGGCAGAGCGCCCGACUAUACAGCACCUGUCGUGCUGCGUUCUUACGCAUGCACAGUCGAAAAUUUCUGUGACUCUAUUCACCGCACAAUCAAGGACGAUUUCAAGCACGCCAUUGUGUAUGGUCGCUCAGUGAAGCACCAGCCGCAGCGAGUCGGUCUUUCGCACGAGCUUGGUGAUGAAGAUAUCGUGUCGAUCGUCAAGCGGUAAAGGAUUUAUGCCAACUCCUUGACCCUCAUAGCCCGAAGCGACGAGAUGAUCCAAGCGCUGGGGUGGUCUGUGCCAGCAUGUCUUUGCGCCUCCGCGAUCUGACAGGCGGUUUCUGGCACGUCCGUAAGACGCCACCGGAUCCGAGCGUGGUUGGAUAGACUCGUUCACGGUAACAUCAUUAGGGGGAAAGUCUUUGAGUCUACCUUUUAACAUCAAGAUUGGCAGUCAUGCACAGUGUUGCUGAUUUUUGGUGCAUCUCAAGGUAUAGCUUGACUUGAUUUGAUGAACUCGAGUUAGGCUUCAGGAGUUACACAAGCCCAGGGGCACGCACGAGGCGAAUAGCCAUGGGGUCUUUCUGAUAUUCUUGGCACCUUUGGCAGUUUGUGGCCCUUGAAGCGACCAGUCCAUAUUGUUAUGAUUACCCUUUUUUUUUCAUGGUCGAGGUUCUUUGUCCAUCAGCGCAAAAGUUCAGAUAUUUUAUGGCAUUCUUGUAUUGUCUUAAAAAUAAAAGCCACUCUAAAC